AGAACUGGGUCACACUUUAACGUACAGAUUAUAGCACGAGAAGAGACUCUCUCAGGAGAGCUAAAAAACAACUUCACUUUGUGGAGAGAGAAAAAUAGAAGAAUAGAAAUGGCAUGGAAGAGAGAGAGAGAGAGCGCCAUUAAUGUAGAGCUCGACUACCAAGUUGGAUGAACAGAACUUAAAGUGGCUCGCACAUUAUACACAUAACACGCACACACAACACUCACAACCUCUCCUCUCUCGUUUCUCUAUCCACUGCUAGAUUUAUGUAUAUAGAUAUAUCCUUCUUUUGUUAGGGUUUUCGUAGUUGUUUUUGAGAUUUGGAUGCAAUGUGGAACUCCGCGGAGAACGUAUUCGCGAGGUCGACGUCGUUUAGGGAGGAAGGAGAGGACGAGGAGGCGCUGCGAUGGGCGGCGUUGGAACGGCUGCCAACCUACGCGCGUGUCCGUAGGGGCAUUUUCAAGGAUAUGGUUGGUGAUUUCAAGGAGGUGGACGUAAGCGAGCUCCGGGCUCCCGACCACCGCGUCAUCCUUGACCGACUUGUCAACUCUGUCGAUCAUGAUCCCGAGAGCUUUUUCUAUCGCAUGAGGAAGAGAUUCGACGCAGUAGAUUUGGAAUUUCCCAAGAUUGAAGUUCGAUUUCAGAAUCUGACAGUUGAGUCUUUUGUUCAUGUUGGAAGCAGAGCACUACCAACUAUUCCUAAUUUUAUCUUCAAUGUUUCCGAGGCAUUAUUAAGGCACUUGCGGCUUUACCGAGGGAAGAGAAGCAAGUUGACAAUCUUAGAUGACCUCAGUGGUAUUAUUAGACCUUCAAGAUUGACACUUCUACUUGGUCCUCCAAGUUCUGGAAAGACAACGUUGCUUUUAGCUCUUGCCGGACGCCUUGGGCCUGGCCUGCAGACAUCAGGGAGAAUCACAUACAAUGGACAUAGUUUAAGUGAGUUUGUUCCUCCAAGGACAUCUGCUUAUGUCAGCCAACAGGACUGGCAUGUGGCAGAGAUGACAGUGCGAGAAACUCUUGAGUUUGCAGGUCGCUGUCAAGGUGUUGGAUUUAAAUACGAUAUGCUUUUGGAACUUGCAAGAAGAGAAAAGAUGGCUGGAAUAAAACCUGAUGAAGACCUGGACAUAUUUAUGAAGGUAAUAGUACUCUGAAGUGCUAAAAUAAAUCUGGCAAAGAUUUUAGGGUUGGAUAUAUGUGCUGACACGUUGGUGGGAGAUGAAAUGCUUAAGGGAAUUUCUGGGGGCCAGAAGAAGAGGCUCACAACAGCUGAACUAUUAGUUGGCCCAGCUAGGGUCCUUUUCAUGGAUGAAAUAUCUAAUGGGCUUGAUAGUUCGACCACCCAUCAUAUAAUCAAGUAUCUUAGUCAUUCUACCCGUGCACUUGAUGGGACUACUGUUAUAUCUCUGCUUCAACCUGCUCCCGAGACUUAUGCAUUGUUUGAUGACAUUAUACUUCUAUGUGAGGGCCAGAUUGUCUACCAGGGGCCCCGUGAUGCUGUUCUCGAUUUCUUUUCGUUUAUGGGGUUCAGUUGUCCUGAAAGGAAGAAUGUGGCAGACUUCUUGCAAGAAGUUACAUCAAAGAAGGACCAAGAACAGUACUGGUCUGCUCCUUUCCGUCCUUAUCGCUACAUACCUCCAGGAAAAUUUGCUGAAGCUUUUCGUUCAUAUCAUACUGGGAAGAAUUUGUUUGGGGAAUUGCAUAUCCCAUUUGAUAGACGUUAUAAUCAUCCAGCUGCUUUGUCAACUUCUCACUAUGGUGUGACAAAGAGAGAACUUCUCAAGGCCAAUUAUCAGUGGCAAAGACUGCUAAUGAAGCGGAACUCUUUUAUUUAUGUUUUUAGAUUUAUUCAGCUUCUUUUGGUUGCCUUGAUCACCAUGACAGUUUUUAUGAGGACAACAAUGCACCACAAUACAAUUGAUGAUGGAAAUUUGUAUCUUGGAGCACUAUACUUUUCUAUGGUCAUUAUUCUCUUCAAUGGCUUUACUGAGGUUUCAAUGUUGGUUGCCAAACUGCCAGUGCUUUACAAGCAUAGGGAUUUAUGCUUCUACCCUAGCUGGGCUUAUACGCUUCCUUCAUGGGCCUUAAGUGUCCCAACUUCUCUCAUGGAGUCUGCUCUCUGGGUGGCAGUUACAUACUAUGCAAUUGGAUAUGAUCCUGAGGUUACUCGAUUUUUUCGGCAAUUCUUGUUGUUUUUCUCUCUGCAUCAGUUGUCUAUUGGCCUCUUUCGUGUUAUUGGUUCUCUAGGCCGAAAUAUGAUAGUUGCCAACACUUUUGGAUCCUUUGCAAUGUUAGUAGUUAUGGCUCUUGGAGGAUUCAUCAUUUCAAGAGAUCGUAUACCCAGUUGGUGGAUUUGGGGUUACUGGAUUUCUCCAUUGAUGUAUGCUCAAAAUGCAGCUUCUGUGAAUGAGUUUCUUGGUCAUUCUUGGGAUAAGAGAUUUGCGACCAAUAUUGAUGUAUCUCUGGGUGAGAAGCUAUUAAGAGAACGUGAUUUUCCUGAGAGCUACUGGUAUUGGAUUGGCAUUGGUGCUUUACUUGGAUACACAGUUCUGUUCAAUAUCCUGUUUGCAUUCUUCCUGGCUUUUCUUAAUCCUUUGGGAAAGCUGCAAGCUGUUGUCUCCAAGGAAGAGCUUCAGGAGAGAGACAAAAGAAGGAAAGGUGAAAAUGUUGUCAUUGAACUGAGAGAGUACUUGCAGUAUUCAGGCUCUGCUAAUGGUAAAUAUCUUACGCAAAGAGGCAUGGUUCUGCCUUUUCAACCACUUUCAAUGUCUUUCAGCAAUAUCAAUUACUUUGUAGAUGUCCCCUUGGAAUUGAAACAACAAGGAGUAACAGAAGAUAGAUUACAGUUGUUGGUUAAUGUUACUGGAGCAUUUAGACCUGGUGUGCUUACAGCAUUGGUUGGAGUCAGUGGUGCUGGGAAAACUACCCUAAUGGAUGUUUUAGCUGGUAGAAAAACUGGUGGGGUAAUAGAAGGGAGCAUGCAUAUAUCUGGUUAUCCCAAAAAACAGGAAACUUUUGCAAGAAUUUCAGGCUACUGUGAGCAGAAUGACAUUCAUUCCCCAUGCUUAACUGUUCUGGAGUCACUUCUCUUCUCUGCCUGGCUCCGGUUACCUUCAGAUGUCAACUUGGAGACACAAAGGGCAUUUGUUGAGGAGGUUAUGGAACUUGUAGAGCUGACUCCACUAAGUGGAGCAUUGGUUGGCCUACCUGGAAUAGAUGGUUUGUCAACAGAACAACGAAAAAGGUUGACCAUUGCUGUUGAAUUGGUUGCCAAUCCUUCUAUAGUGUUCAUGGAUGAGCCCACAUCAGGCUUGGAUGCAAGAGCUGCAGCCAUUGUGAUGAGAACUGUGAGAAAUAUUGUUAAUACUGGGCGAACAAUUGUCUGCACAAUUCAUCAGCCUAGCAUAGACAUUUUUGAAUCCUUUGAUGAGCUUUUGCUUAUGAAGCGUGGUGGAGAGCUUAUAUAUGCUGGUCCACUUGGCCUGAAUUCCUGUGAGCUUAUAAAGUACUUUGAGGCAGUUGAAGGAGUGCAAAAGAUCAGUCCUGGGUAUAAUCCUGCUGCAUGGAUUCUUGAGGUUACUUGUUCAGCUGAAGAGCACCGUCUGGGUGUUGAUUUUGCUGAAGUUUACCGAAAUUCAGAUCUAUUUCAACGUAAUAGAGAGUUGGUUGAAAAUCUUAGCAAGCCUAAUAGCAGUUCCAAGGAACUGGAGUUUCCAACUAAAUAUGCUCAGCCAUUCUUCAACCAGUUCUUAGCCUGUCUGUGGAAGCAGAAUCUGUCAUACUGGCGGAACCCACAAUACACAGCAGUUCGCUUCUUCUACACUGUUGUUAUCUCACUGAUGCUUGGUACAAUAUGUUGGGGAUUUGGUUCAAAAAGGGAAAUGCAGCAAGACCUUUUCAAUGCCAUGGGUUCCAUGUAUGCAGCAAUCUUGUUUAUUGGGAUAACUAAUGGUACUGCUGUCCAACCUGUUGUUUCUAUAGAAAGAUCUGUUUCAUAUAGAGAGAGAGCUGCAGGGUUGUAUUCCGCGCUUCCAUUUGCAUUUGCUCAGGUUUUUAUCGAGUUUCCUUAUGUGUUUGCACAAUCACUUAUUUACAGCACAAUCUUUUACUCUAUGGCUUCCUUCGAGUGGACUGCUUCAAAAUUCAUUUUUUACAUAUUCUUCAUGUACUUUACAAUGCUAUACUUUACCUUCUAUGGAAUGAUGACCACUGCUGUGACCCCGAAUCAUCAAGUUGCCGCUAUCAUCGCCGCUCCAUUUUACAUGCUUUGGAACCUUUUCAGUGGUUUUAUGAUCUCUCACAAGAGAAUACCCAUAUGGUGGAGAUGGUACUACUGGGCAAAUCCCAUAGCCUGGACUCUAUACGGCCUCUUGACUUCACAGUAUGGUAAUGAUGAUAGACUUGUGACGCUAUCGGAUGGAAUUACCCGUGUACCAACAAGGCAGUUGCUGAAAGAUGUUCUUGGAUAUAGACAUGAUUUCUUGGGUAUAGCUGGUAUUAUGGUCUUCGGCUUUUGCAUUUUUUUCGCUCUGAUAUUUGCUUUUGCAAUAAAAGCCUUCGUCUUCCAGAAGAGAUGACAAGCUGGUUGGAGUUAGACGGAGUCAAAAGUAACCUUCAUUUGGGUAAUUGUCUGCAUGGCAAGUAAAUAUGUUGCCUAUUGAGUGGUAAAACCAAGGUGAAUUCUUUUAAGGUACGUAUAUGGCGUAUUCUAGGAUUUUCUACUAGUUUUUGUCAUUGAGAGGAUGCAGGAAUCUCUCAUUGUAAGUAUAACGCAAAUUAUAUUUGGCAAUUCAGCAAGGGGGAAAACUACAAAACUAAAUAAACGGCAUAUAGAUACAUGUUAUACAAUACUGCAACUUCUUCGGGGAA